AUGCAGCCGUCACCUCUCGCAAAUCCUCUCGCGACGGUCGCACAGCUCGAAACGUCCAGCUCACAGCUCGAUGGCGUUCCACAAGAUCUCGAGAACUCGAUUCGCUUUGCAGGCGCCCAGAUCACACAAGCUGCGGGAAUAUUGUUGCGAUUGCCACAGGAAGUGAUUGCGCAGGCUGUGAUAGUGUUUGUGAGGUUUUGGAUAGGCAGUGAGGGUGGUAGCCUGGCCGAGUUCGGGUGUGAGCAAGUUUCCGCCGCUUCACUUUACCUCACGACCAAGCUCUCCGCAUACCCGAAAUCCCCGCGAAACAUUAUAAACGUAUACGCCUAUAUCUCGACCCUUACCUCUCUCCACCCACCAACUGACCCACCCGGACCGGAUACGUACUACGUCUCCGAAGGCACCUACCAGACACGCCGCGCCACGCUCUUCGCAACCGAACAACGGAUCCUCCAAACCCUCGGCUUCAAUGUACACGUCUCCCUCCCCUACACCCUGUGCAUAACAUACCUCCAAGCCCUCGACGUCUUUUCGCACCCACGCGCGCCGGAGCUCGCAAAGCGCGCAGUCGCGUACCUGAACACUGCGCUGCUGAGUCCCCAGCUGCUAUAUCUGACACAUCAGCCGAGUAGCAUAGCAACUGCGGCGAUUUACCUUGCAGCGAAGGAGACGGGUAUAAAGAUGCCGGAUGUGGAAUGGUGGGAGGUUUUUGAUACGGGGAGAGAGGAGUUAGGGUUUUUGGUUGUGGGAUUGUUGAGUGUGGAGAGCUUUGCUGAAGAAGAGCGGGCGAAGUGGGAGGGGAGGACGGUACCUAUAUCAGUAGAAGAGUUGGAGGCUGAGAUGAGGAGAAGGGACGGUGGUGAGUGA